AUGAGCCGCAUCAGCGACGCCAUCGUCAAGGACCACCGCGAGCUAGAGGACUACUACAACCGCAUCACCCAAUCGAAAGAUCUCGACGAGCAGACGAGAUAUCAGAACCAAUUCGUUUGGGAACUUGCCCGCCAUUCCAUCAGCGAAGAGCUAGUCGUGUAUCCAGUGUUUGAGAAGUCGCUCAUCAAUGGCCAGCAGAUUGCUCAAAAAGACCGUGAGGAGCACCAAAAGGUCAAAGAGAAGCUCUACGAGUUCCAGAAGCUCUCCGCCAAAGACCCAGACUUCAUCCCCACGUUAAAGAGCCUUUACACCGAUUUGAAGCAGCAUAUAAGGGAGGAAGAAGAGGAAGACCUGCCGAAGCUGGAACAAGCCGUGUCUGGAGACGAGUCUCGGCAGCUUGCUAAGAGCUUUCAAAGGACCAAGAAGUUUGUGCCCACUCACAGCCACCCUUCCGCCCCAGGUAAGCCACCGUUCGAGACUGUAGUUGGGCUCCUCUCUGCACCACUUGAUAAACUCAUGGAUGCGUUCAAAAAGUUUCCAAAGGACUAA